AUGGCAUCCAUUGCACCUCUGCGACAUGCCUUUCCCGCGGAGUGCUCUGUGAAGUGGACUGCGCUGCAGGAGCGGACGAUCAGCAAGGAGCAUCCGUUUGAGGAUGCGUCUAACGAGACCCCGGAGGCGUACGCUGCACGCGUGUACCUUCAAUUUCUGUGGCUCCCAGAGUCCAUUAUGUCCCUGCGCUAUCUGGUGCCAUCCUUCCUGCGGAUUAGGCCCGUACAGACCACCUCACCCGCCGCACCGCAUCCACUGCACGACGCCUUGCGUCCACUCUUGCUCACUCCACGGACGGCGUCGCAGAAGUACCAUACGCGUAUCAGCCAGAUUCUGGACGAAGAUGGUGGCUCUGGAGAUGCGGAGGAGGCCAUGAUGUGGUUCGCGUACAAGCAUGAGAAGAUCGACGAAGAGAACCCCGAGAACCCCGAGGAGACUGAGAUGGAGGCGGAGGAGCGGUGGAAGAACAGCUGGCUGGAAAAGAUGGAGCGACGAGAGGUCCAGGUCCAGGUCCUCUUGCUUUUCCUGCUACUCUCACUCCCUGGCGCUCCAGCACCCACAGGACCCAUGCGUUCUGCUCCUGCAUUGCCGCCAUCUUUGUCCCCAUCCAAGAUAAAGAAGCGUAAGCGGCGAGGAUCGUCUCCCGUUCCGCCACCCAUGUCGAUGCAAGACCGCCUGGAAUCGUUCAUGGACAAGAUGUCUAUGUGGCAACUCAUGUCGUCGAUAGACGAAGAGGAGGCUAAGAGAGCGCAAGGUGGACGCUCGGACGCCAAAGGUAAGCAAAAAGCCGUCGACGAACGGGACUGGAUGCAGAUCUUCUGCGAGGAUGUGGUCGAACCAAAGUUCAGAAGCUCAUUACCGGACUUCUGCGACCUUCUCCGAUCCAAGGUCUUCCAGACAUCGCCCUUUUCGGACGACUCGGACUCGCUGCUGUCACCUUCACCUCCCCCGUCCCCCCGACAGAAGAACAAGCGGCUGAAGUCCGCAGCGUCUGCCUCGUCCUCGAAAAAUCUUUCCAUGCCUGCACAGCGUGCACCACGCGCACAUGCGGAGAGCACAUACAAAGCUCAGGACCUGCAGCGCUCGCGCUCGCGAUCUCUAUCGGUCUCGCUGGAAGAGGAGCGUGCACGUUCACGUUCAGCCAGUAUCGGCACCGGCAACUUGCGGAGGCAACUUCUUUCGCGCGAAGUAAGCAUGACGACCGCGUUCAAGGGCAAGAUCAAGGCGCGCGAGCGCGAACAAGCCAGGCAGGCUGCAGCGCGCGCCAAGACGGUUCGCGACGAGACCAGGAAGACGAUACACGCCAGUGCUGCCGCGCACACGAAGAGCUCCAAGGGGGUCACGCUGGUCGCGGCGACGCCUGUCAAGCCGAAGACGCAGCAACGGCGCGAGGCCGCGCAACGUGACGGGGCAUCCCAGCUGCGCCCUAGUCGCAUUCCAUCUCCGCUAGCCAUGCGUAGCCUGGAAGGGAUUGUGGAUGACUCCGACGAGGAGGACUGGACCCUCCCUAGCUCCCCGGCCGUACUCACACUGCCGAACAGCUCACAUAACGUCGAUGUGCUGGAUUAUGAAGAUGAAGGCCACGAGAAGGACAGUCGGAUGCUUCUAGCGGGAACCCCGACGAAGCCACCGCGGGAUCGAGCACGAUAG